AAGUUGAAAGGAGCCACAAAGAGGCAAGUUUUUUUUUUUUUAGAAAAUAUUUUAAUUGUUUAUUUUGGGUGAUUGAAUGAGUUUUGGAUGGGUUGUUGGUAUUAUGUGUGUUAUUUGUGUAGGUAGUACAAGAACAGCAGCAGAAAGGCGCAGUGAUGAAAAAUCACAGAGAUCUUUAACACCACCAUUCUGACCAAACACUGCCACCCCUUCCUUACCACUGCCAUCAUCAUCAUCAAAGGGGCUCCCCCUUAUAGGGCCAGAAUGAAUUCCUCUUCCCUAUAGCCUUAAUUUACUCUUUUAUCUCUCUUUCUUUCUGUCUGUGUGUUGAGAUAUGGAAAUUUUGCUGGAAUUUUUCCAAGAGGACACCUCUUCCACUUUGGUGCAUCCCUAAAGGUUUGUUUGGCCAAGUGGGUUAUUAACCAACCAACCCUCAAUCCAUUUAACUAGUUUGGUUAUGUUGUAGUGCAUUAAGGUCCUCUAUUAGUAAAAAGGCAAAAAGUGUGGUGUCCAAGGGAGAGGGAAAGAAAAAGAAAGAGAGAGAGAGAGAUAGAGAGGGAAAAGAGAGAAGAAAGUAAGGAAAGAGAUGGGUUAGGCUGAAGAUAGAGUUGGUUUAACAACAACAACAUUCUUGUUCUAGUUCAGUUUUUACGGUGGGUGUGGGACUUUUUGGUUUUGUGGUAAUGGAACUAGGGAAAUUGGAUGGCAGGGACUUUUGCCAGAAGCAGAAGGAGCAGAACCAGCGGUGGCAGUUGCACAAGCAACAACAACAACAAGAGGAAGAAGAGGGUAGGAAGAAGCAAAGCCUGGACUGUAGAGAAUCAAAAACCCACUAAGAAAAAGUGUACUGCUCCAUUAAAAGCUGGAAGAGGAAAAGCAAAGCAACAACAACAGCAGCAGCAACCACAAGGUUCUGAGUCUGGAUCCUUACAGGAACCAUCGUCAGCAACAGCAUCAGCACCAACAUCAUCAUCAUCAACAAUAUCAUCCUCAUCAUCAUCAAAACCCGGGAAUAAAUCCAAGUCAUGUAGAAGAGGACGAAGGAGAAGAAGAAGAAGAAGAAGAGGAGCAAGAUUCUCCUUCUCACCACCACCAAGACCCGAAUUUUCAUCUCCAAUUCCAAUAUCUCCAACCACAACAACCACCACCACCUUCUUACAUAAGCAUAGACACCGACCUUCUAAACCCACUGCAACCACCAAGAAAACGUUCUUUUCUUCAUCCACCUCUUCUUCCUACAGCGUCAUCAUCAUCACCAUCACAGACUCCCACUCCUACUCCCACUCCCACUCCCACUCCCAUCGAAUAUGCAAGAAAAAUGGGAGAAACACAGCACCACCGUCCAACAUCGUCAAGACUUGGGAUGAGGGCCGUGGCCGGAGGAGGAGGAGGAGGAGGGGGAGAAAUUGUGGAGGUCCAAGGAGGCCACAUUGUGCGGUCCACCGGCCGGAAGGACCGACACAGCAAGGUCUGCACAGCCAAGGGCCCGAGGGACCGCCGUGUGCGACUCUCCGCACACACCGCCAUCCAGUUCUACGACGUUCAGGACCGACUCGGCUACGACCGCCCAAGCAAGGCCGUCGACUGGCUCAUCAAGAAAGCAAAGGCCGCCAUCGACGAGCUCGCGGAGCUCCCCGCAUGGAAACCAACUGCCACUACCACGACCGUCGCCGCCGCCGCCGCCGCGGCCUCGAACUCAAAUGUUGCUGUUCAGCAGCAGAAGCUCCGGGAGGAGGAGGAAAACCAACAGCUGAAUCAAAUCGUCCACCGCCAAUCGACCACGGUGGACGACGCUAUGGAAGCUUCUGGUAGCCGAAAGGCUACCGCACUGGUUGGUGGCAGUGGAAGAAUCUCGGAAUUUCAACCGCAACAUUUGAACGACGAUAACGGUAGUAGUGGCAAAUACAACAGUGGCGGUUCUGGUUUCUUUCCGCCGACUUUGGACACUGAUAUAGCUGAUACCAUUAAGUCUUUCUUUCCGAUGGUGGGGCCGGGGGAGGUUGCAACAACGACGUCGUCCUUUCAUAACUAUCCUCCACCGCCGGAUUUGCUUUCGCGUACAACUAGCGGCGGAAGCAACCACAACCACCACCAUCACCAUCACCAUCACCAACAGCAAGAUCUGCGGCUCUCGCUGCAGUCUUUCCAGGACCCAUCGAUUCUUCUUCAGCACCACCAACAACAGCAGCAGCAGCCGCCACACCAACAGCAUGUUCACGAGCAAGUGCUCUUCGCCGGAACCACCGCACUAGCGUUCGACGGCGGUUCUUCCGGAUGGUCUGAACAGCAGCACCACCAAGAGGAACAGGAGCAUGGACGAUUGCAGAGAAUGGUGGCUUGGAAUAAUGCCGCUGCAGAUGCUAGUAGCAGUGGCCAUGCCAGUGGAUUCAUCUUCAACUCGUCGGCGACGGCGGCUGUGCCGUCUCCUGCGAUGUUUGGCCAUGGCCAGUUUUUUCCUCAGAGGGGACCCCUUCAGUCCAGUAACACCCCUUCGUUUCGUGCUUGGAUAGAUCCUUCUUCGAUCGCCACGGCUGCCAUGACUGUGGAUCACCACCACUAUCUUUCACCGGCCGCGAUCCAUCAAGCUUCUAUUGGGUUUGCCGGCUCUUCUUCCGGUAGCUUCUCUGGCUUCCGCAUACCAGCACGAAUUCAGGGUGCGGAGGAGCACGACGGCGUAUCUGACAAGCCGUCCUCUGCUUCCUCCGAUUCUCGCCAUUGACGGAAAGCAAAGACGUCAAUAGUUCCAAACUUUUCUUUAGCGUUCGAUGGUUGUCUUUGAAGAUGUUUGACAGUGAACAGCAAGUAAAAGAUCAGCAUUGGAAUGGAUUCUCAGCUGCGAGAGAGUUCAAGAUGAGUUUGGACUUUGGAUGCUUUGAUUUCAAUGGCUCACUCAGUAUGCCGUGGGAAUGAAGAAAAUCUGGGGUGAAAAUAUUCAGGUUUUCCAAUCCCCCGGUUUGUUCUGCUUUAUUUUUAUGUUCAUUGAUGGUAUUUUUCAACCUAUGUUUCUAAGCUUUGACAAGGAGUACUGUUUUUGGUUUGUUUUAUUUGCUUCAACUGUGUUUGGAUUGCUAUCUUCUUGUUUCAUUUUGUAGUAGUCGUUGUGUUCUUUGUACUUCUAUUUCUGGUUUCUACUAGUGUGAAGAAAAACAUGCACAACAAAUAAAUAGCUAGUUUGUUUUAAGGUAUCAAA